AUGCGUAUAGUUGACCUCCCAUCGGAAUUGCUCUACUUGAUCGGAAGUGACCUCAAUCAGGAGGACAUACGCAACCUGAUAUCCACCUCGCAUCAAAUGCACAGCCUGUUUCAACGAAAACCCUACACAAAAGUGAUUCUCAAAAAUCAAAACGCGAGUACAGCUCAGAUUUUCCUUUACACUGUGGCCCGGAACCCGGAAUUGGCUGCCUGUGUCAAGUCUCUAGCACUUGCGGGCUGGGAAACCUCUGAAGACUCGGAUCUCGAGGAGGUUUACGACGAUGCCUGGCUGGCAUUGCUCAUUCCCCGAUUGACCGGUCUACGAAAAACCGGCUUUGAAUGGCCGUUUGGUUCCUCCCAUGUUAUCAAAAUGCUCUGCAAAGCUGCCAUAAAUGGAGGUAAUUGCUUACCUCAUCUUGAAGAAGUUAGCAUGUGUUGGUAUGAUAUGGAGAAUGCCGUCGACUCAUAUCAGAUGCAUCCGUUCUUCGAAUUUCCAUCUGUGCGUAAAGUCAGUGGAUGGAAAGUCGCGGAGAGUGCUAAAGAGGAGGAGGAAGAGGAGGAGGAUUUUGAGCUCGUCCGUAAUGAGAUUCUCAAGGAUGUUAGCCUCCCACCUCGAUGCUCAAAUAUAAUGGAUAUUGAUCUCUCGGAAACCAACGCCGCGGAGGGAAUGCGAGAAUGGAUCCAGGCCUGCAAAACGCUAAAGUUCUUCCGGAUAAUACACGGCGGAGGAUUAAUCUCAUACGAUGAUUUGCAGCCCCGCAAACUCUACAAUUCACUCUCACUGCACAAGUCCACACUGGAGGCUAUCUGGGUUGAGGCCGACGAACACGGAUCAAACGGCAAUAACGAUGACGAGGGGAUGGGAUCAUUUGUCGAUUUUUCUGCCUUGAAACUCCUCCGUCUCAGUUUAUACAAUCUCAUAGUAUUCGACGAUCAAGGCUCACCCACACGAAAGAUAAGUGAUGUGAUUCCGUCUUCACUAGAAAUAUUGUUCCUGGACAUUGCGUGGGAGGGCUUUUGUGACGCCCUGAAGGACUUGGCGGAUAUAGCCACCUCAGGGAAGUUUUCUAAAAUUGCCGCGUUGCAUAUUGAGACCUCCAACGAAUUAUCUAGUCCAGAGAAGGAUGAAAAAGUUGAAUGGCUACAACAUAGAUGUCGGGAGGUUGGAGUUGCGUGUCAUAUUUAUAAUAGAAGGAGUCGUGAUUAUUGGGAAGAUAUUCGGCUUUGGCACAGCCUUUGGACCCAGUGCGAGGCAGAAGACCUCACCUAUUCUUGUUAG